AGGCGGAGAACAAUAUGGCGGAUGGCGAGGAACCGGAGAAGAAAAGAAGGAGAAUAGAGGAGCUGCUGGCUGAGAAAAUGGCUGUUGAUGGUGGGUGUGGGGACACUGGAGACUGGGAAGGUCGCUGGAACCAUGUAAAGAAGUUCCUCGAGCGAUCUGGACCCUUCACACACCCCGAUUUCGAACCAAGCACUGAAUCUCUCCAGUUUUUGUUAGAUACAUGUAAAGUUCUAGUCAUUGGAGCUGGCGGCUUAGGAUGUGAGCUGCUGAAAAAUCUGGCAUUGUCUGGUUUUAGACAGAUUCAUGUUAUAGACAUGGACACUAUAGAUGUUUCCAAUCUAAAUAGGCAGUUUUUGUUUAGGCCUAAAGAUGUUGGAAGACCUAAGGCUGAAGUUGCUGCAGAAUUUCUAAAUAACAGAAUUCCUAAUUGCAAUGUAGUUCCACAUUUCAACAAGAUUCAAGAUUUUAAUGACACUUUCUAUCGACAAUUUCACAUUAUUGUGUGUGGACUGGACUCCAUCAUUGCCAGAAGAUGGAUAAAUGGCAUGCUGAUAUCACUUCUAAAUUAUGAAGAUGGUGUUUUAGAUCCAAGUUCCAUUGUCCCUUUGAUAGAUGGAGGGACUGAAGGUUUUAAAGGAAAUGCCAGAGUGAUUCUGCCUGGAAUGACUGCUUGUAUAGAAUGCACACUGGAACUUUACCCACCUCAGGUUAAUUUUCCCAUGUGCACCAUUGCAUCUAUGCCCAGACUACCAGAACACUGUGUUGAGUACGUGAGAGUAUUGCAGUGGCCUAAGGAUCAACCUUUUGGAGAAGGGGUUCCAUUAGAUGGAGAUGAUCCUGAUCAUAUUCAGUGGAUUUUCCAAAAAUCUCUAGAAAGAGCAUCACAGUAUAACAUUAGGGGUGUUACAUACAGACUUACUCAAGGGGUUGUAAAACGAAUCAUUCCUGCAGUGGCAUCCACAAAUGCAGUUAUUGCAGCUGUGUGUGCCACUGAGGUUUUUAAAAUAGCAACAAGUGCAUACAUUCCCCUUAAUAAUUACUUGGUAUUCAAUGAUGUAGAUGGGCUGUACACAUAUACAUUUGAAGCAGAGAAAAAGGAAAACUGCCCAGCUUGUAGCCAGCUUCCUCAAAAUAUUCAGUUUUCUCCAUCAGCUAAACUUCAGGAGGUUUUGGAUUAUUUAACCAAUAGUGCUUCUCUGCAAAUGAAAUCUCCAGCCAUCACAGCCACAUUAGAGGGAAAAAAUAGAACACUUUACUUACAGUCAGUAACUUCUAUUGAAGAACGAACAAGGCCAAAUCUCUCCAAGACAUUGAAAGAACUUGGACUCAUUGAUGGCCAAGAACUGGCAGUAGCUGAUGUCACCACACCCCAGACUGUGCUAUUUAAACUUCAUUUUACUUCUUAAGGAAAAGAAAUCUGUACAUAAUAGCAAACUCACAGUUUGUGGAUGCUAAGAAAUUUAAUGUCACUUUUAGCAUUAGUGUUGCUGAAAUUUGACUUUUUUUCUUUUUUUUUAAUACAAUGAACCACUCUUUUUUAAACUUUAUAACUUUCCCUAGAAGACAGAAGAAUUUUGGAAUUGGUGCCUGUAAACAUUUUCAUGAAUAGUAAGAGAAAUGAUGCCUGGAGAGAUGAUGUACAAAUUUAUUGCUUCUGUUAGAGGCAAACACCCUCUUGUGCGUGACUUGUUUGUUGUAGUCAAAUAACUAAUUCCUCAGCUUUUUGGUUGAGUACCCAUAUAUACAAAAGAUGCCCAUUUAAAGAAAAUAUGAAAAUUAAGUUUUAAAUAAUGUUAAACAUUACCACCUAUUUGACAUCUAGAGCAUAUUGAACAUAGAGUAUUUUUUGCUUCAUUUAAUUGUUGCUGUCUGAAUGUAAAUUAUUACAAAGGGUUUCUUGUCUAUAAUACCUUGUAAACAGUGUAAUAGCUGAAUACUGUGCAUGGAAAUGGGGAUAUUUUCAUGUAUCUGCAGUGCCAUAGAGGCCAAUAUGCACAAUAUUAAAGCCAAGAUGUUUAAAAGAAUGUAAUGUUUAAACAUUUAUCACUGAUGCUUUCACACUAUUUAUUAAUAAAAUCAUAUAUUGU